GCUCGGCCGAUCAUCAAGAGUGAAACAAGAAUAUAUUCGUUGCUAAGAAAAUAUAUGAUGGCAAUCAUGAGAGUUCUAGCCUUUCAAAUUUUAAGGUUUCUAUUAUUUGGUGGUUUUCUAUGCUGCCAAGCUAUAGUUCAUCAUACUUUUGUGGUAAAAGAUGUUCCAUACACAAGACUCUGCAGCACCAAGAACAUAAUGACCGUCAAUGGACACUUUCCUGGCCCGACACUAUACGUUACUAAAGGAGAAACCAUCAUCGUGGAUGUUAUUAACAAGAGCCCUCAUAACAUCACCAUUCAUUGGCAUGGAGUGAAACAGCCAAAAUAUCCAUGGUCAGAUGGUCCUGAAUAUAUCACACAGUGUCCAAUUCAACCAGGAGGAAAAUUCAGUCAGAGGGUCAUAUUCUCUGAAGAAGAAGGAACAUUAUGGUGGCAUGCUCAUAGUGACUGGACACGAGCAACUGUUUAUGGUGCGAUUGUCAUAUAUCCUAAGAAAGGAACCAAAUAUCCUUUCCCUGCGCCUCAUGCAGACGUGCCAAUUAUUCUAGGAGAGUGGUGGAAGGAGGACAUAUUUGAAAUCUUUGAUCAAUUCCGUGCCUCGGGAGCAGACCCCAAUGUCUCUGAUGCUUACACGAUCAAUGGUCAACCUGGUGAUCUUUAUCCUUGCUCAAAAUCAGGUACAUUCAAGCUAUCGGUGGACUACGGCAAGACUUACCUUCUUCGUCUAAUUAACGCUGCCCUUCAAGACAUUCUCUUUUUCUCCAUCACCGAUCAUCAAGUCACGGUGGUCGGCACAGAUGCCAGCUACACUAAACCACUUAAAGUUGAUUAUAUAGCAAUAUCACCUGGCCAAACCAUUGAUGUUUUAUUAGAAGCAAACCAACCACUGGACCACUAUUACAUGGCUGCAAAAGUUUACUCUAGUGCCAAUGGUGUGCAAUAUGACAACACAACAACCACAGCCAUUGUCCAGUACAAUGGCAACUACACUCCAUCCUCCACUCCCUCAUUGCCAUACCUUCCUUAUUUUAAUGACACAACUGCAUCGGUUAAUUUCACUGGCCGUCUUAGAAGCUUAGCUGAUAAUAAGCAUCCAAUUCAUGUCCCCUUGAGCAUAAGCACUCCAUUAUUUUUCACUGUUUCUGUUAACAGAUUUACGUGUGCAAACACUUCUUGUGGGGCGAACCAGUCAAGACUAGCUGCUAGUGUGAACAACAUAAGCUUUCAGACACCUACACGUAUGGAUAUACUAAAAGCUUAUUAUAAUCAAAUCAAUGGUGUUUACGGUGAUCACUUUCCUGAUAAACCACCCCUGUUCUUCAAUUUCACCGCGGAUUCUAUCCCAUUGAUUUAUGAGACACCAUCAAAAGGUACAGAAGUGAAAGUGCUCGAGUAUAACUCGACGGUGGAGAUUGUUUUUCAGGGGACAAAUGUGGCUGCUGGCACUGAUCAUCCCAUGCACAUACAUGGAACAAGCUUCUACGUUGUUGGUUGGGGAUUUGGCAACUUCGACAAGGAUAAAGACCCUUUGAGAUACAAUCUUGUUGACCCUCCUCUUCAAAAUACCAUUGCAGUUCCCAAAAAUGGCUGGUCUGUCAUAAGAUUCAAGGCUACUAAUCCUGGAGUAUGGUUCGUGCACUGCCAUCUGGAGCGUCAUCUAUCAUGGGGUAUGGAGAUGGCAUUCAUAAUCAAGAACGGUCGAGGCAAGAAAGCCCAAAUGCUACCACCACCUCCCUAUAUGCCACCGUGUUAAACACUUGUUGUUUGUUUAGCAUGUGUUAUGCCAGUUAUUUGGUCGCAUUAUUAAUUUAUUAUUGUAUGAUUUGCAAGAAUACUAUAACCCUAGUUCUGCUAUUAUGUUGUAAAGCUGGGAAAUAUCCUAGGUGCAUGUAGGUUUUGGUUAUUUCUAUUUCAUAGUCGCAAUACCGGCCUCUGCAAUAAAACUCAUACUUGCGUGAAUAAA